AUGGCGAAUCCGCACCCCAUCGCGAAGCUCUACCCAGAGGAGCCCUAUCACGCCAAGAAUGCCAUUACAUCUGGUGUCAAUGGUGCGGCCAUUGGAGGUGCCGCAGGUCUGAUUGCCGCCGCCGUCCAGAACUCUUUGGCCAAGUCGAGUGUCGGAGCUGGUGGUAUCUUUUCGCGGUCCGGCGCCACAAUUGCGACCAUGACUGCCGUUCCUACCGUCUACUGCUUCGUCAAGGAUGCCUCGGCCAACCUACGAGAGAAGGAUGAUACCCUCAACACCACCAUAGGCGCGUUCUUUGGAGGUGCUAUGCUUGGUCUACGAUCUCUCCGCAUGCCUCAGAUUCUCGGCCAGGGCGCACUUAUCUCGGUCGUGCUGACCGCUUUCGACUACACUGGAGGCCGCCUCUCGGGCUCCAAGACCGACUCGCAAUUCGUUGAUGAGUACGAGCGCAAAGAGUACCUCAGAAACAACCGCAGGCGGCCGUUAACAGAGACGGUGGCAGAUCUCGGAGAGGGCAGAGGAAUCGAACCCCCCGGAUACGAGGAGCGGAGACGGGAGAGACUGAGGGAGAAGUACGGUGUAGAGAUCAACCCUGUCUCUGCCACAGUCGAGUAG